CACUCAAUCAUCAGUUAGUAGAGCUUACUGGCCCUCGCUUCACAUCGCUGUUCAAGUGUGCCCACAAGCAAUGAAGUAUCUUUUCGUUUUUGUCUGCCUGGCAGGCGUAUUACAGGCUCAGGCAAACACACUCAGCACAGCCGUAACAAGUGCCAUCAACACCUCCAAGGCGUCCCUAGCGACAGCUAUUCAACAGAUGAACAGCACGAUCAACACCGCCGAUCAGUCGGUUCUAGUCGCACAUGGCCAGUUUGUUCAAUCCAUAGUAACGGCGUACCAGUCGUACUACGAUCGCUUCAAGAACUACUCCACUAUCGAUCUUAGCGCCCUCAAUACGACCAUCGCCAAUUUCCCAAGUAACAUCAGUCCUCCUCAACCACUGCAAGAUUGGUCUGCCUCCCAGAUAUUCACCGACGUUCAAACGAGUGCUCAACAGAUCGAAGCUGCCCUAGCAGCGGCUGUCGCCAAUAUAACCAACUCUGUGACCCCCUGUGCCAACCCCAAAGUGACCGCCUGCACCAACACGUAUGGACCUAAGCUGUCCGCUGAUCCGAUCACCAUCGAUCGCGUUACGGAUUGCAUCAAUGCUGAACUAACCCGUUACGCCGAUAUCGGUGCCAGAAUGAUUGCCCAAUACGCCAGCGUGCUGACCAGCACCAAGAACUACCUCAUGAUUGUGGAUGUCUGCGAUAUUCCGGCAGCGGAAGUGGUCAAUAAUCCCCCGAUCAAUCGUGCGCCAUCUAUGCAAUGUUUGACACAGUACCUCCAGAAAAUCAGCAACAUGUACAUCCAGUACUACUAUGUCGACAACGUACGUUAUCCUCAGACGUAUUUGGUGCAACAACGGGUGCAGCGUUGUGCAAGGCUUGUUGAGUACGAUAUCAAGGAUCGCAUCAGCGGCGUGUUGAACAGCUUCUACAGCUGUCUGUGAGCUUAUGUGUAGAAUUGUGGAAGGGCCAGGACGGGUUGAAUCAACUUACGUCAUCGGAGCUGAUCCCAGCCGUUCUGGUCCUUUCAGGUGUUUUGAUUAGAAUGGAACUUAAAUUUGCAAAAAUAUCUCAGAAAUAAAUGAAAAGCAUACGAAUAUCCAUACUUGCAAA